CUCAGCUUUCCCUCCCUUUAUUUCCCUUCCACCUCCUUUCUCCUUUCUAGGGUUUUCUUCAGGGAUUCCUAACGCACAAUCGUCCGCCAUGGGCAACAACAAGAAGGAAACGUUGGACAUGUCCGAUAUCGGCGCCUCCCUACCGGCGGCGGCUGCUGCAGCUCUUAGUGCAGGAGAUCGUGCUGGGCUUGUCAACGCUCUGAAGCAUAAACUACAAAACCUAUCGGGAGAGCACUCUGAUGUUCUUGAGAAUUUGACCCCGGUAGUCAGGAAGAGAGUUGAGGUUCUGCAAGGCAUUCAGGCUCAACAUGAUGAGAUAGAGGCAAAGUUUUUCGAAGAGAGAGCAGCCCUAGAAGCAAAAUACCAAAAGCUAUAUGAACCACUAUAUUCAAAGAGAUAUGAUAUAGUGAAUGGUGUUGUUGAGGUUGAUGGAGUGAAGGGUGAAGAUUCAAUGGACCAGACAGAUGAUAAAGCUAAAGAAGAGAAGGGUGUGCCUAAUUUCUGGGUAACUGCAAUGAAGACACAUGAAAUUUUAGCAGAAGAGAUUUCUGAGCGAGAUGAAGAAGCUCUCAAAUAUCUGAAGGAUAUCAAGUGGUGUCGAAUUGAUGAUCCCAAGGGUUUCAAACUUGACUUCUAUUUUGAUACAAACCCGUUUUUUAAAAACUCUGUUUUGACAAAAAUAUACCAUAUGAUUGAUGAUGAUGAGCCUAUAUUAGAGAAAGCAAUAGGGACAGACAUUGAAUGGUUGCCUGGAAAAUGUUUGACUCAAAAGAUCCUAAAAAAGAAACCUAAAAAGGGUUCCAAGAAUGCUAAACCUAUAACAAAGACUGAAAAUUGUGAAAGCUUUUUCAACUUUUUUAGCCCCCCACAAGUCCCCGAAGAUGAAGAUGAUAUUGAUGAGGAAGUGGCCGAAGAACUUCAAAACCAAAUGGAGCAAGACUAUGACAUUGGUUCAACUAUACGAGACAAAAUUAUCCCGCAUGCUGUCUCGUGGUAUACGGGUGAGGCUGCACAAGAUGAUGAGUUUGAAGGAAUUGAUGAUGAGGAUGAUGAAGAUGAGGAAGAAGAUGAUGAUGAUGAAGAAGAUGAAGAGGAUGAGGAAGAUGAUGAUGAUGAUGAUGAUGAUGAUGAGGAAGAAGAAGAUAACAAGCCCAAAAAGAAGUCAUCUGGACACAAGAAGGGUGGAGCUGCUGGUGGUGCACAGGGUGAACAACCUCCUGAGUGCAAGCAACAGUAGAUUUUGAUUGAUUUGAUUCUCUAUUUGGAUUGGAUUAUUUUUGGCAUUGUGUUGGGAGUUGUUUUUGUUGGUUUUAGUUUGGCAUAUUAAAUUAUCUCAAGGUACAUUAAAAAAAAAACUAAAAAGUUAUAUGUUUUAGGAUUGCCGUUUUUUUGCAAUUGUUGCUUGGCAUCCUUUAGGAUUGUAACAUUUUUUGUGUUGGUGUCGAGCAAAUGCUAGUGUGGCUUUUUAAUAGUGUUAUGAUGAGUUUAUUUU